AUGGUCACUUCAUAUCUAUACCCUUCCUUCUCCCCACCUUCACACACUUACAUCGCCUCUCCUCCCAUUCAUCAUCGACCAAAUCGACGUCGCGAAAGGCCAGGCUCACGCGCCCGUCGCACCAUGCCUCGCAAAUCUGCUCUCGCCACCGAUCUCAACGAAGGAAUUCUCGAAGCUCGAGACUCUAGCUUCUACAUCCCAAAUCAUAGACCUGGCAAUGGUCCUUCUCCAUUACUAAGACAGAACUUCGAUCAGAGUUGGUUGAGAUGGAAGGCGAGACAAGCUGCUGAGUUCGAGAUGUUGGUUGUCAGGGAAAAUAUGAGACAGUUGGAGAUGGAAAGGGAGAUGAUGAUGGGAGAAGCGAAGGGGAGAGAGGAAGAAGAAUUGGGGAAGAUACAACGACGACUUUUUGGUGGCGAGGAGGAUGAUGAGGAUGUGGGUUGUGAUAUUGAUCUUUGUCCUGCUAUGUUGGAUGUGGUGAUGAGACUUUUUGAUGGGGAGGUCGAUUAUUUGGAUCCCUAG